CCGAUACCUCUCCCAUCCAGCCCCCCACUAUGACUCUUCCUAUCGCCCCCACGGCGACGUGGGACACGAUCCAGGAUGUCUUCUACCGCAAGGAGGAGGUGUACCAGAUGGCUUGGAAGGUCCCCGAUCUAUCUGACUACCUCGUUGCCGUGGGCAAGAAUGGCGGGCCAAUUGCACUGAUGCGGGACGAGCGCAAGGUUGUGCUGCUGGGGAAGCACACGUCGGGCAAGCCCAAGAUCCAGGUGUUCACAGCCUCUGGCCGGCUCAUUGCGUCUCUGAAUUGGGAGCUCUCCCCGCCAAUCCUCUUGCAUUUCACCCCGAGUCAUCUCGUUGUUCUCUCCGACGAAGGCACAUACCGGCUGUACGACCUCUCCUCACCUGGCGACUACAAUCAGUACACCCUCGGCUCAGAAGUCGCCGACCUGGGCAUCGUGAGUGCGCACGCGCACGACGACGGCCUCGUGGUCCUUACGGGCGGUCUACAGUUCGUGGAAGCGCGGGGUUGGAAAGGGGCGAGGGUCAGCCAGAUGGCCGACAGUGGGCUCACCGAGGCGCCUCGCACAUGGACCAUUGUCCCACCAGAACAGUCGACAAGCGGGCACGUUGAGGUGUGCGUGUCGACAGGCGCAACCAUUGUCACUCUUGACGCGCUCGAGCGUGUCGACCAGCACCUUUCCAAGGGUCCCUUCACGCACGUCGCCCUCUCGCCCAACGGCCGCUUCUACGGCCUUGUGACUGCAACAGGGCUGCUCUGGGUAGUCUCCGCGGACUUUGCCCGCAACCUCUCUGAGGUCGAGAUUUCGUCGAUCGCGCCCGAAGGGGCCAGCUUGCCUGAUCGUGUCGAGUGGUGCGGCGAUAACGCCGUUGUCCUCACAUUUGGGGGCAAGGUCGUGAUUGUUGGGCCAGGAGGAGACUCGCUCCAGUACGACUACCCGCCGUCUGUCGUUAUUAAAGGCGAGGUGGACGCGCUGCGCAUCAUCUCCUCCAACGUAUGCGAGAUGCUUCAGAAGGUACCGGACGCCUCCCUCGCUGUCUUCCGGCCGGGUUCAGAUCACCCCGCAUCAGUAUUGUACGACGCGUUGGAUCACUUUGAGCGCAAGUCGCCAAAAGCUGACGAGGCGAUUCGGAGUAUCCGACCCGAUCUCGCCCGCGCAGUCGACACUUGCAUCGAGGCAGCCGGACAAGAGUGGGAGGUCACAUGGCAACGUCGCUUGCUCAAGGCUGCCCAGUUCGGCCGCGCGUUCCUGGACCUCUACAAUCCCAACGACUUUGUCACAAUGGCGCACACGCUGAAGGUGCUCAACGCAGUGCGGUAUUACGAGGUUGGCAUCCCCAUCACCUAUGACCAAUACACGACAGCUGGGCCUCCGGCGCUGAUUACACGUCUCUUGACGCGGAACCAACAUCUCCUUGCUCUCAGGAUAUCGCAAUAUCUCGGCCUGCGGCCCGACCCCGUGCUAAAACACUGGGCCGCGGCGCGGAUUAUGCGUUCCAAGGCGGACCCACGAGAUGUGGAGAGCGACGCGGCGUUGUGCGACGCCAUUGUGGACAAGUUUGAGAACGAGGGCGAGAAGGGCGUGAGCUAUGCCGAAAUCGCUAAGAAGGCGUGGGAGGCCGGCCGCGUCCGAUUGGCGACGAUGCUGCUGGACCACGAGCCGCGCGCGGCGGAGCAGGUGCCGCUCCUCCUCCAGAUGAAGCAGGACAAGAUUGCGCUGGAGAAGGCCGUCGACUCGGGCGACUCGGACCUCGUCUACCAUGUUCUGCUACGACUCCACGCUUCCUUGUCUCCUGGAGACUUCUUCGCGCUCCUAGACGACGGCGCGUCGCCCCAGCUCGCCCCCGCAGUGCGGCUCCUGCAGAUAUACGCGCGCGAGAACGACCGACAACUCCUUCGCGACUUUUACUACCAAGACGACCGGCGAACCGAGACGGCUGUGCUCGACAUGGAGGAAGCGGGCCAGGCGACGACGGUAGGGGAGCGCGUCGAGCUGCUGCGCGCGGCGUCCAAAAGCUUCGGAGAGCACAAGGACCGCGCUUUCGAGGCUAAGCAAGCGGACGACGCUGCCAAGCUCCUCGCGCUGCAGGCGCAGUACGAGAAGGAGCUUGAGUUCAAGUUCGCCUUCUUGGGCCUCUCGGUCUCAGAAACGAUUUCGCGUCUACUCGUUGAAGGGCUGGGCAAGCGCGCCGAGCACGUGCGCAGUACCUUCAAGGUGCCAGACAAACGCUUCUGGUGGAUCAAGCUCAAGGCGCUUGCGGCGACGCACAACUGGGAGGGCUUGGAAGCAUUUGCGAAGAGCAAGAAGAGCCCGAUUGGAUACGAGCCGUUUGUCACCCACCUCCUCUCGCUUGAGCCGCCGCAGAUGCUGCACGCCGCGUCCUUCGUCCCGCGGUGCGACGUCAAGCUGCGUCCUGACCUUUACGCGCUGUGCGGGCAGUGGAGCAAGGCGGCGGAGGCGGCCAAGGAGCGGAAUGACAAGGCAAAGCUGGAGGAAUUGAAGCGCCGUGCUCCACCAGGUUUGCCGUUGCGGGAGGUUGAAGCCGUCCUUGCGCGAGGCUGAGAUGAUAGCAGUGAUAAUGCACGUUCUACAUGCUACACAGGAUGCGCCGCCCGCCACAUACGCCAAAACUCAUCUCUUGCUGGACGGCCCCACGCCAACC